CACUCACUGUCACAAACCGAAAACGUAAACAAAUACACAUGGUGAGCUAAAAAUGUACUCUGUGAUGGUUAGUCAGAAAACAUAAGUAAUUUGUGACAGAAAACUGUAGUAAAUAUUCGUUUUAUCUUAUGUUCGACCAUAUAUAAAACAUUCUGAGGUCUGAUACUACGAACUAAAUAUGGAUGUAGAUGAAAUAGUGUCGCGAUCUUCUUUUUCAAUGUUAGAAGGAAAAGUGGACAGCAGGAUAUUGAAAGCAUUAAAUACCAUGGGUUUGAAGAAACCAACACGUAUACAAGCUGAAGCGUUACCACAUUUGCUGCAAGGGAAAGAUCUUAUUGGUGCAGCUAAAACAGGCAGUGGAAAAACUUUAGCAUUCCUAAUACCAGUUGUUGAUAACUUGCUCAAAUUAGGGUGGUCUUCCAAAGGAGGUACAGGAUGUAUAAUUUUAUCACCAACAAGAGAAUUAGCAUUACAAACAUCUGAUGUAUUGAAGAAACUUCUAAUCAACAUUCCUUUAUCACAUUGUCUUAUUGUGGGAGGUGAAAAAAGAGCUAAGGAUAUCAUAAAAUUGAAGAAAAGUGCAAAUAUAAUAGUUGGAACUCCAGGUCGCCUUUUAGACCAUCUACAAAGUACUGAAAAGUUCAACUGUAAUAAACUACAGUGUUUAGUGUUAGAUGAGGCUGAUAAACUUUUGGAGGCAGGCUUUCAGAAGCACAUAACUGGUAUUGUUAAUUUGUUACCAACAAAGCGACAGACAGUCUUAUUCAGUGCUACUAUGGGCGAAAAUGUCAAGAAUCUCGCUAGAUUGGCAUUGAGAACCGAUCCAGUUUUAGUAUCGGUAACUGAUAACAAAACAUCUACAGUAUCGGGAUUGCAACAGGGGUAUUAUAUCUGUCCAGUGGAAAAACGGAUAGCAUGGUUAUACAAAAUGCUAAAAAAAAGUAAAAAACUUAAAGUUAUGGUAUUCUUCUCGUCAUGUAGAUCUGUGGAUUUCCAUCACGAAUUUUUCCAAGAACAUUGCAAAGCUUCGGUUUUAAGUAUACAUGGUCAGCAAAGUCAAGCUAGGAGGAAAGAAGCGUAUCAUAAUUUUAUUGAAGCGCAAAACGGGGUUUUGUUUUGUACUGACGUUGCUGCACGUGGUUUGGAUAUCCCCAGUGUUGACUGGAUUGUGCAGUAUGACCCACCUUCAGAUCCUAAGGAAUAUAUUCAUAGAGUUGGUCGCACCGCCAGAGGACUCAAUAAUAAAGGAAGUGCAGUCAUAUUAUUAAGACCAGAAGAGGAAACCUUUAUCAAGUUUUUGGAAAAGGAAAAGGUGUUUUUAGAUAAAUACACCUUUGGUGAACCCCCUAAUGAAGUUCAAAAAAUGCUAGAAGAUUUAAUUGCGAAUAAUGGAGUAAUGAAGACAUCAGCAAGAAAGGCGUAUUUAUCAUUUCUAAGAUGUUAUAAGAAGCAUCCAUUAAAGAAAAUAUUCGAUAUCAACUCCUUGGACUUAAAACUAGCUGCGAAAGCUUUUGGGUUUCAAGAACAGCCUCAUGUGGAUUUUUUACCGAAUAAAAAAUGAAGUCGCACGUUUUUGAGAAUGGAAGAAACCUCAUCCAGAGAUCAAGGUACAGGUACUUCACAGUGGUUUAUCAACAAUUUGUAAUCUUGCAAGAUUAGAAAUUGUUGCAAUGUCUAGAUAUAUACCUAAGUGUACCUAUAGUUAUACGAGUAGGGUUAUUGUAAAUAGAGCAUCGGAAUGUGAUAAAUGUUUACAACAUUGUUGAUGACAACUUUAGAUUAUGUAAUUUAUUACAAUAAAACAAAUGUAUAAAUAAAAUCGAUUUAUUUAUUAAUUCACCCUACGCUUUUCCUGUUAUUGCCUUUUUGUCUGUAUAUUUUAGUUUUAUCCGCUUUUUGUUUGAAGUUUGAUGGGGCAUUCAAUGACUUGAAGUAUCCAUAUCCACCACCUCCUUUCCUCUUUUGAGGAGGUCCUUUGUUAGCCACCUUCAGCUCAACUGCAGGUGGCACAGUAAAACCGAAGGAUUUGGAAACCUUUGCUAAAUCGAUAGUGUCAAUGUCGAAUAUAGUCUUCAAAUGAUGAGAAUCGUAUGCUCUCAAAUAGCUCUUGAAUGCUUCCUUAGCGGACUGGUUCAGGAAAUAGUUUUUAGAUAUCAAUUUUUCCAGCUGAAACAAUAGAAAACGAUGUCACAGAAAUGAAUUGAAAUUGAUUGAAAUCAUAACUCGUACUCGUAAUCGUAGUUGAGUAAAUAGUAACCACGCGGAGUUUCUUGCUCCUUCUUCUCCAUUGGAAUCUAUAUUUUGGAACAAGCUAAUAGCUUGCUUCACUAGCGGACAGACUGACAUCAUAAAAUGUUGAACUUUUCGAUAUUUGCUUUUUGUUUUGAUUUUCAA